GCUUGGGUAAUUUCUUUUUCAUGUUCUGUACUGGUGUUCAGUAGAUUCCAGGGGAAACUUCUGCCUCAGUUCAUUUUCAGACUUUAUUUUAGCCAUACCUUUCUGUAGUGAUUGCUUUGCUUCAUCCAUCACCAAAUGAGUACUAACUGUGGCUUUUUUAGAUUCCAGAAUUUGACAACUUAUACUUGGACAUGAAUGGCAUUAUACACCAGUGUUCACAUCCAAAUGAUGAUGAUGUUCACUUCAGAAUCUCAGAAGAUAAGAUUUUUGCUGACAUUUUUCACUACUUAGAAGUACUGUUUCGCAUUAUUAAGCCAAGGAAAGUUUUCUUCAUGGCAGUUGAUGGUGUAGCCCCAAGAGCAAAAAUGAAUCAGCAACGUGGCAGACGGUUUAGAUCAGCAAAAGAGGCAGAGGACAAAAUAAAAAAGGCAUUAGAAAAGGGAGAAAUUCUUCCUACGGAAGCCAGGUUUGACUCCAACUGUAUUACACCGGGUAAGAUAAUUUGCUAAUUAUUUUAAAUUAAA